ACUGUGUGUACGCCUUUGCUCGUCUUAGCGCAAAUUUUUCUGCUUCCGAGCAGUCGAUGUGGCCAGAUCUCAAAGCCGUAUUUUCCAAUCUUUGCUUGUCUUAGCGCACACUCCUCGUCGCCGGGGACGCUACAACCACCGUCGAUAUUUGGUUUCAGUCCUCUAGGGUUCCAUCGCCUUCGAGCAACAUUUUGGCAUUUAAUCAUUCAUUGCUCUCGUUCAAACUUCCGACCGCAGCGAUUGUAGUGACGGAGAAGACUUCUCUGCCCAGGUGGAAGAUCAAUGCUUUGAUUUCCUCUCGGUGGAGGAGAUCAAAAGAUUAAUAGAUGUCCAAGCUUCUUUUGAACUAUUUUCGUUUCGCUUACGGAAGAGUACGGUGGUGGUGAACUAAGGCGUCAAAUUCUCUGCCCCCUUUUUCUUUUCCUCUUUCAUAGCGAUUGACGCCGUCUCAGAGAAUUUGUCCUUGGUUACGCAGUGCCACUAAAUCUUUGCAAAAUCAGCUUUGGGCAAUUAUAUUAUGAUGGAUCCGAUGAGAUCCUUGCUUGGGCGAGUGCUGCUAGAAGAAAUAACUCCUGUUGUAAUGGUGCUUUCAACUCCUCUUGCUGAAGAUGCGUGCAGAAAAAAUGGUUUAAAUUUUGUUGAGAUGUUGCUUCCAUUCACUGUUUUCAACAAAAUAGAUGUACCUGUUCGUACAGCAAGUGAUCAACCCUAUAGGCUGCAGAUGUUUAAGCUUCGAUUAGUUUAUGCUUCUGACAUACGCCAGCAAGAUUACAAGGUUGCGGAAGACCAUUUGAAACAGUUAGUGAGUGAUGCGGCCAGUGCAGCCCUUUCUGAUUUGCAAUCUGAGCCUCAAGAACUUGAAGCUAUCCUUAGUGAAACUGAGUUGAACUUUUGUCCAUCUUGGAUACAGACCUUCAAUAAAGAGCUAAGAAAGACCAUUUCUUUCUCAGAGCACGAAGCUUUUGAUCAUCCUGUGGCAUGUCUUUUGGUUGUCUCAUCAAAUGAUGCACAGCCGAUCAAUAGAUUUGUUGAUCUAUUCAACACCGAUCAGUUGCCAUCUCUUCUAAAUGAUGGUGUUAUGGAUCCCAAAGUUUUGAAGCAAUAUCUGUUGCUUCAUGACAACCAUGACGGAACAAUGGACAAGGCUACUGCCAUUUUAGCUGAAAUGAAGAGUACAUUUGGCCCGGCUGAUUGUAGAAUAUUGUGCAUUAAUUCUUCUGCUGGUGGAGAUGGCGAAUUAAAAGACAACCCUUGGCUAAAUUUUAAAGCGCAUAUGUCAGUUAGCCAAGAAAUUGGUUCUUUUCUCAACAUCGAUGAUCUUCUUGAGAUUAAAGAAUUUAUGCAAGAGUUAACUUCCAAACACAUAAUUCCAUACAUGGAACAGAAAAUACGUUUCCUAAAUCAGCAGGUUUCUGCAACUAGGAAAGGCUUUCGAAACCAAAUUAAAAAUUUGUGGUGGAGGAAAGGAAAGGAAGAUGCACCUGAAACUGCUAGUGGACAGAUGUAUACAUUCAGUUCUACAGAGUCUCAAAUCAGAGUUUUGGGUGACUAUGCCUUUAUUUUGCGUGACUAUGAGCUUGCUUUAUCGAAUUACCGGUUACUUUCGACAGAUUACAAGCUUGAUAAAGCCUGGAAACGCUAUGCUGGUGUACAGGAAAUGAUGGGACUUGCCUACUUUAUGCUAGAUCAAUCAAGGAAGGAUUCAGAAAUUUGCAUGGAAACUGCUUUUAACACUUACCUGAAACUUGUGCCUUUAGCUCAGAGAAAUGCUACAAGAUGUGGUCUCUGGUGGGCAGAAAUGCUGAAGACCAGGGGCCAAUAUAAGGAGGCAGCUGGCAUUUAUUUUCGUAUUUCUAGUGAGGAACCACCUCUACAUGCAGCUGUAAUGCUUGAGCAGGCUUCAUAUAGCUAUUUAUUUUCUAGACCACCUAUGUUGCGCAAGUAUGGUUUUCAUCUUGUUCUUGCUGGUAAUCGUUACUAUGUUUCUGAUCAGAGAUCACAUGCACUUCGAACAUAUAGAAACUCUCUCUUAGUGUACAGAGGAAUUCCCUGGAAUUUUAUUCUUGACCAUGUUCAUUACAAUAUUGGAAGGUGGUAUGCUUUUGUUGGAAUAUUUGAUGUGUCUGUGAAGCACAUGUUGGAGGUUCUUGCAUGCAGCCAUCAGUCGGUGACAACACAAGAUUUAUUCUUGGGGAACUUCUUCCAAACAGUUGAGAAUACGGGGAAGAUUUUUGAAGUUAAAAAGCUUCAGCUUCCUGUCUUAAAUAUGUCAUCCAUUGGAGUUAUUUAUGAAGAUCAUCGGACUUACGCAUCAGUUGCAGAUGUCAAUGUAAAUGAAAACCUAUGGAAAUCAUUGGAGGAGGAAAUGAUUCCAUUGACAUCUACUACUAAAUCAAAUUGGCUCGAAUCACAGUCAAAGCUGUCCUUCAAAAACUAUAAUGACUGUCAAGUUUGUGUUGUUGGAGAAGCAAUAAAAGUAUAUAUCGAGUUCAGAAAUCCUCUUCAGAUUCCAAUUUCUAUUUCCGGCAUUUCUCUGAUUUGCGAUCUCUGUGCAAAAUCUGAAGUGACAAACACUGAUUGGGGCGCAUCUUCUUUUAAUGAUGUUAAUGAAGAACUUAAAGACGCUCCAAGCUGUAGAAGUAGAAUUGUUGACGCUUCAUCCCUUGUCUUAUCAGAAAUUGAUCAGAUUCUUGGUGGAGGUGAGGCUAAAAGGAUACAACUUGAUGCUACACCGACGAUUGAAGGAGUGCUGAAAAUACUUGGAGUUAGAUGGAAGCUAUCAGAAUUUGUUGUUGGAUAUCAUUUCUUCGAGCCUAAUAUGAAAAAGAAACACAAGAAAGAGAAAGGAGUAGCCAGGAAUACUUCAGGAAGAAUUCUUAAUUUUGUGGUCAUCAAGGGUCUACCAAAACUUGAAGGAUGCAUCCACAACCUGCCAGGAACUGCCUUUGCAGGUGAUUUAAGGCUUCUUAGGAUGGAACUCAAAAAUCAAUCAGAAUACACCAUGAAGAACAUGAGAAUGACUAUCAGUCAUCCGAGAUUCUUGAUUCCAGGAAACUUGGAAGACUUGAACAAGGAUUUUCCUGGCUAUCUUGAGAAGCAGAAAAUUUCUAGAAGUAUGGAUGCUUCAGCUAAUGUUCAGAAGUUUAAGAAGCUUUUGUUUUAUUUCCCAAAUGAUGUCACUAUAGAAGGAGGAGCUAUAUUGUAUUGGCCUCUCUGGUUUCACGCUGGUUUUUCUGGGAAGAUUUCCUUAUUUCUAUCUCUAUAUUACGAAAUUGAAAAUUGCUCUAGUGACAUGAUCUAUAGGACAUUGCGAAUGCACUAUGACUUGGAGGUUUUUCCAUCAUUAGAUGUAUCAAUCCAAAUAACUCCCUGUCCAUCCAAGUUACAGGAGUUCCUUGUGAGGAUGGAUAUCAUGAACAGGACAAGUACAGAGAGUUUUUCUAUACAGCAGUUAUCAUGUGUUGGUGAUCAUUUGGGGAUUUCAACACUGCCUGCAAACGAAUCUAUUUGUCAGACAAAAGUCAUACAUGCUGGUCAAGCGUUAUCUUGCUUCUUUAAGCUGAAGGAUUGUAGUGGAAGUUCUGAAUAUGAAACUUCGCUUGCCAUUCAUGGAAAGUCUGAGCUGUUGGAUGCUCAGUGCAACAGAAAAGCUCUGUUUGAUGUAUCCAGAUUACCUUUGCUGGAGUUCCACCAACAUGAAAGACAUCACCAAGAAAAAACUGCCAAGGGAGGUGUUAGCAAAUUCGACUUCAUCCUUAUUUCAGAGCUGCAAGAAAACAUUUCGACAGGAUCACACCCAAGCAUUUUAUCCUCUCAUGCAUGCCACUGUAGCAUCUCCGAGGAGUUGCCUGUGUGGUGGCUUUUGGAGGGACCUCGAGUUAUACACCACGAUUUUUGCGUUUCAUUUUGUGAGAUUGAUCUUGAAUUAACAAUCUAUAACCGUAUGAAGAGUGAGGUUUUCAUUAGAAUCAUCACCAUGGAUUUCAUGCCCGAAACAAAGCCUUCAGAGGAUUCAACUUCUGAUCCUAACAUCAAUCAAGGAGGAUGGCAUGAUAUAUCAUUAGCAAAUGACAUAAAAGAGAACUCGAACGUUCAAGGAUUUCAAUUCCGAAAAUCACCAUCACCAUCGUCGUCGCCAUCAUCAUCAUUGUCGUCACAAAGCAUUUCUCCCUUUAUUUGGUGUGCAGCAAGCUCCACAUCAGUCAAGAUGCAGCCUUCUUCCACUGCUAGAGUUCCUCUUAGGAUCUGUGUUUUCUCACCUGGGACAUUCGAUCUAUCAAAUUAUGAAUUGCACUGGAAUGUAGAUGCCAUGAGGAGCUCAUCUGGUAUAAGCCGAGGACAUCCAUUCUACCUCACUGUCCUGCAAUCUCCACCUUAAAACACGUAGCUAUGUUUAUGUGUUAUGUUAGUCAAAUCCAUGUGUAAAUUAUGGGUCUGUUCGCUUCGGAAAUUUUGCGAAUUAGUCCUCCUGUUUUAUAGUAUUUUUAUGAUUUUCAAACGCAAUUUUUCAGGAUAUUACAAAUGCUCAUUUUUAUGA